AUGUUUCGUAACCCAGCAGCCGGCCCCCUCCCAAAUCUACUAGGAACGCUAGUCAAGAAGGGCAACAGCGGAAUGUCCUCGAAGCCAGCCAGCGAGCCGUCUGCAGGUUCGUCAACGCUGGAUCAGGGAAAGAAGGCAGCGAAGAUGAGGAUCUCCAAGCACAAGACAGCUAGAAACCUCUAUGCGUUUAUGUAUAUCAAAGAGCACCCUUCGACGUCGGCGGUCGACUUCGACAAGGUCUGGAAAGGCCUUGACAAGGCCGUUUUAAAGACGGAUGGGUAUCAGGAGUAUGAUGCACUUCGUGAAUAUGCGCUCCUAUGUGGCGACGACACGCUCGAUAUGAUCGUCGACGCUUGGGGCAACUUGGGCAAGGAGGAGCGCGAGAACUACUACAAAGCAGAAGCUGCGCCGAAGGAUCGUAAGGGUAAGGCGAAGGCCAAGUAA